AUGUACGUAACGGUAGGUGCCAACGACAUCCUCAUAACGGUGAACGAUUUUGUUAACAAGGAGUCAUCCACAUACCAGAUAGGGGACAUAAACAAUGAAAUGAAAAUAAGCGAAAUAAUUAACAAAAUUAAAGUAAAAAAAAAUUAUACAUAUGACAAUACCUCCUUAGUGCUGUACUUUGCAAGAGUGGAAUGCAAAUUGGAUGAGAAGCUCUCAACGUAUAAUAAAUCCAAUAGAAAAACUGUAAAACUGGAGUUAUACUUGGCCAACUUAAUUACCAUUAAUGUGCGAACAUUACAAUCGUGCGGUUCGGGAACCAGCAGGUGCAUCCCCUUUUGGUCCUUCUGCUUUAGACAAACAAUCAAAAUAAAAAUAAUCGACACGUGUGAAGUCCGCGUGUUGAAGCAGAGAAUAUACAACCUCACCGAUGAGUCCACUUCCAUCCCGGUGGAGAACAUCGUGCUGCUGUACAAGGGCGCGCCGCUGAAUAACUUCCUCACGCUGAAGGAAUCCGAGCUGGUGGACAACUCCCGAAUCGACUACUUCGUGCCCAUGUGCUACGUUUACAAAGAGAAGAAGGCGGGGAUGGCAGGCUCAGAUGAUGAUGAAGACGAUGAAGAUGACGACAGCGAUGCGAUUGUGAAGAACGCGCAAGGGAAAGGUAACAAGGGGGUGGACGAGACGAAGGGGAAAGACGAAAAUAUUGUGAAGAGCGAAAGUGUUGCGAAGAGCGAAGGUGUUGCCAAGAGCGAAAGCGCAUUUAAGAGGGAGAACAGCGUGAAGGAACCCACCCCGAAGAAGGAACCCACUCCGAAGAAGGAGCCUACUCCGAAGAAGGAGCCUACUCCGAAGAAGGAGCCUACUCCGAAGAAGGAGCCUACUCCAAAGAAGGAGCCUACUCCAAAGAAGGAGCCCACUACGAAGAAGGAACCCGCGCCGAAGAGGGAAAACACUGCCAAAAGUAUAAAUACAGAAAAAAGGCAAAAUUCAAAAGCGGGAAUGCAAAAAAUGAACAGCAGAGGAAAUUAA